CCCAUUGACGUAACUAGCCGCGUCAGUGGGUUAUCAUCUUGAAGACCUUGAAACGCAGUUGAAUGAAGGCUUCCACACACCAGAGCGCACCAGAGCGAUCAUCGUCAUGAUCGUCAUCAUCGUGGCGAAAACGUCUUCUCACACCAACAACGCGGUGGUAGCGAUCGUAGCGAUGGUAGCGAUUAGUGUGAAAAAUCCCGUAAGCACAUCGUAAACGUUGCAUCGAUUAUCACGUCUGGAAGAAGCAUUACCUUUGGCAGGCGUAGUUGAUGAGAGGAGCAGCAGCAAGCAGAGAAGAAGCACGCAAAGUUAUAGUUUCACUGUCUCCAUCAGUUCAAACGGUAAAAGCAGAGGGAAAGUCAACUUGACUCCUGUAAUGUGUCCCCGUGUGAAUUAGGUUUAAGUCUGGUGAUUGUGGAUCUGUUCUCUCUCCAGCGAUGGCUUCUGGGAAAUGUUUUACAGAUUUACCAGAUGUGCUGUUGCUAGAGAUUUUCUCAUACUUGAAUAUUGAAGACCUUGCGAUGUCUGUACAACAUGUUAAUUCACACUGGCAGAAUGUGUCACAAGAUAGUUCACUAUGGAAAAACCAAACCUUCAGUCCUGGGUGCAAGAUGACCGACGAAGAAAUUGCAAGACAUCUCAGGAAUAUGCCAGCAUUACAAGCCUUCUGUCCAAGUGGAAGAAUCAACACAGAAGUCGUCGUUGAUACACUGUGCAGAUACUGUAUAGAUAUUCGAUAUAUAGAAUUCAAGUAUUUCCAUGAACUGAGUAAUUCCAGAUUACAUGAAAUUCUUAAAAAAUAUCUCAAUCUAGAGGAAAUCAGUAUCCCCCUCCCCAUAGAAGAUCAGUUACAUUUUGCGGAUCUAGUUGGACAACUUCAGAAUUUGAUAACAUUAAUUUUUCACGCACGUAAUGUAACAGUUGCAGAUGGAGUACUAAGAGCAAUUGCUGAUGGAUGUCCAUCUCUAGAAUGCUUAGAUUUGGGAUUUGCACAAUUCCCAAAUCAAGAGGUUGAAUACUUUUUGGAAAAAAAGGGACAACAGCUUUGUUAUUUCAAGUAUACAGGCUACAUGUCAAAAGUAGCCCACAGACUCUUGACAGAAUGUGCAAAUCUUCGAGUUCUCACUUAUAAACAUUGUAAUGAAGACCUGCCAAGUACAGACAUACACCGUCUCUCGAAAUUGUCAGAAAUGGAAUGUUUGAGACUUAUAUGUAUUUCGGAAGGUCGAACACAGGAUGUAUCCACCAUAUUUAAGAAUCAGUCAAUGUCUAAAUUAUAUACCUUAGACAUAUGUUAUUGUUCUGAUUUUGAUAGUACAUCAUUAGCUGUGAUUUUGACAAACUGCCCUCAGCUCGAAAGUUUUGCUGUUCGAGACUGUCUACUUACAGAUGAGGGUUUCCAGUAUAUUGGUAACUGUAAGGAUCUAGAAUAUCUUGAUAUUAGUGGUUGUCCUUUAAUAACAGAUAAAGCCAUGCUAUAUAUUGGUGCUGGAUGUCCCAACCUCAGUUACCUCAAUAUUGCAAAUUGCCUUCAGCUGACAAACAAAGGCAUUGAAUAUAUUUGCUCAGGCUGUCAGACACUGAAGAAACUUGAUAUGCAAAAUUGUCGUGAAAUGACGGAUGAUGUUAUGAAACACAUAAUCAGAUGCAAACAGCUGGAGGUUCUUGAACUUUCAUGUAAUUGUCAACUAUUAGGAAUUCAUUUUCAUCUGAUUCCAUCAAAUCUUAUCCAUUUGACUGCACUCUAUGCUAUGGAUUGCUUUUCAUUAGAUGAAAAAUGUAUAAGCAAACUUAAAGAAGAAAUGCCACACCUGUUAAUUGUAAAAAAUAGUAUAAAGAAGGGGGAAACUGAUGUUAAUGUAGAAGAUGACACUGUCUACAUUUAUAAAGAACUGUGAAAAUGAAGUAAAAUUUGGUAUACAAAAAAUUAUCUAAUCCUCAAGAGAAAUAAUCUCUACUUUGUAUAAAUAUUCAUGUAAGAUAUUAUUAGUCCUUAUGUCUUCACACUGCUGACAUUCAGAAAUCAGCUGUUAGAAUACACUGUGUGAUGUUUUACAUUGAAUGUGCCUGUUUAUUAGUGAAGCAAGAGAUUCUUACCCCCAGAAAUGUUUUUGCGCCAUUUUGUAUUACAAAGAUAAACACUUCAUGGCACAUGGGCAUGCAUGUAGUCCAAUAAAUAUUGUUACAUCUUCGCGGGUUCAAGUCCCGAUGAGGUCAUUGGAUUUUUUUCAAUUGACCUAAUCCUUCUGGCCGCACUAUGGCCAU